ACUCCAACACCCACCACCCCCAUCUUUCAAACGUAGAUUUCCAUUGCGAAUCUCGAUUCUCGAGAGCUCCAAACGCAAUCUUCCACAUCCCAUCGCUACAACUCUAGUACGCCGCUCCGCAAAGAGGAGAAGGAAAAAAGAAAAGAUGGCAAGCAUGGAUCAGAUCGCUCAACAAUUCACAGACUUUUAUUAUCAGACUUUUGAUUCUGAUAGGUCUGCUCUGGCCAAUCUUUACAGAGCAAAUUCGAUGCUCACCUUCGAAGGAGCUCAAGUUUCAGGUGCUCAACCCAUCGUCGAGAAGCUUUCGGGCCUACCUUUUCAGCGCGUGCAGCACAAGGUGGAGACGCGCGAUGCUCAACCUACCGGAGAUGGUAAUGCGCUCGUGGUGAUGGUGACCGGUGCCUUGCAGGUGGACGACUCUCCUCAACCCAUGAGGUUCUCCCAAGUAUUCACGCUCAACCCAGAAAACGGCUCUUACUACGUCUUCAACGAUCUUUUCAGGCUGGUCUACGGCUAGAUGGUCGACCGCACGUCUAGCAAGCGAGAGUCUGGAGGGAGAAAGCAGGGCACACGCUCUUUGGGCAAGUGACGCCUCCCCCCCCUCACACAACGAAGGAUCAAGUGUUUGAAAAAUUCGCAAUUCAAGAUCGUCCCGAGUCAGAUGCUCAAGAUUUUCAUGUCAGAAAUAGCUCUGGCGCUCGCUCGGAAGAAAAGUGCCUGUUGAGAUUUUGCAUUUCCCAGCCCCCUUUCCCCUUCGCUCUGUUCAUCGUUCUUUGCCGGAGACGCGCUCAUGCCUGUAGAUCGCUUGAGGAUUGGCCUAGAGGGCGCAGCUCGGCGCGGCGUGGCGCGACAGGUAUGCGCGGCGUGGCGUGGAAGGUAUUGGGUGCACAAGGUCUCGC